AUGUCAAUGUUUAAUCCAGUUCAAUUGAUAGAUGAAGUAAAAAAACGGCCCGGGCUGUACAAACCUGAUCAUCCUGCCGAUCGGGAAGAGAAAUUGGCGUUAUGGAAGGAAAUAGGAUCAGUUAUUUACCAUGGUUGGGAAAAUUUCAACAAGGCGACAGCUUACGACAGAGUGUUACAGUUGCAACGGAAAUGGCGAUCGUUGAGGGACGCGUACAACAGGGAGCUGCGCGCGCGCAGGUCGGGAAUCAGGAUCAACAGGCGAGUGUAUCGUUACUUCAAGAGGAUGAGCUUCCUCGGAGGGUUCGAUGGCACACUCAGCGAAGACGAGGAAAUGGAUGAAGACAUGAUACUAGAGGGACAUAAUGCUGAUGAAGAAAUGCAAGUAGAAACGAUCAAAGUGAAGAAAAAUAAACGGAAAAAGAGGAAACGGGAGUCCAGUGAAGGUAGUCACCAGCCUCCAGAAGAAUUAGAAAUGCCCAUGUUCCCAGUAGAAAUUGCUGAAAGUGAGACGGACAGUGAUAGACUCUUCCUUCUUUCUUUUCUACCUGAAAUGAGGCAGCUCCCAAUUAAUAUAAAGAUGUGGGUUAGGGCACAGAUAGCAAAUGUUAUGCAGGAGGCCGUCUCCUGCCACUACAAUAACACACGGCCAGGGUCUUCUGGAGACAAGAACUGCAUGGACAUCAAACGGCAAAGGCAUGACAGUACAGAAUGA